AUCAACAAAAGAGCUGUGCCUUUAAGUCACAUUGUUGCCACAGCAAGGUGUUGAAUACUGACAAAUCCUGUUAAAGAAGGAAAGGAAAGCUUGCCUAUGGUAUUUAUAAAUCUGUCAUUUGACCCACGAGUCCCUAAAUUGAAGUCACCUUGCAGGAAGAAAAGACCUGCUUUAAUGAGCCCAUGCGAGCCCGAUUUCGGUAUCCUUGGUUCCUCUGCGGGAUCAAAUGUCCCUCUGGAACAGAAACUCAGCGUCCUGUGAUGUCAGGGACAGGCAAAGAGAGAUCUAGGCGACCUAAGGCUACAGGGUAAGAUCCCUAUCUCACCUGCUCAGUCUCCCUUGAAUGGCCUCCUGGAAUACCUCGGAGGAAAAACAACCCAAGGGGGCUGGGCUGAGGAAGAUAAUCUUGCUGGAAAACUUCCCCUGGGCCAAUCAGACAACGACAUGAAGAAAUCCUGAAGGAUCUGGGCUGCAACAGCCCACGCCAAAACUGCAUAAAAGAAAAUCUGUCCUUGCUGGGGGUGGGAAGGGGAUAUUCUCAGAUGCCCCCUCUCUGUGUGGAGAGCUGAUUCUAGCCUCUUAAUACUUGGCUUUGCUGUCCCCCACUCUGUGUCUGGUCUCCCUCUUCAUGACUCCGAGCAUCGUGACUGAGAACUGCAGGCACCAGAAAGCUGGGAUAAGAAAAAAUCCUGAAACAUUUCCUUGGGGGCUCCUCCGGGAUCUCUGGUCAUCAUCAAGGACGUCUAACUAGCCUGUGUGAGAAGGCCCGCACACAGUCAUCUCAGCCACCCCCGCGGCCAUCAACGCGCCCGAGGUCGAGGCCUGGAUCCACCAAUCUAGCGUUAAGCCCUGGUUUCCGGUGGAAAAAGACAACAGGAAACCAAGACACCACUGCAAGCUGGGGAAAGGGCCCAAAUACGUCUUCAAAAAAACAGAAAAACGAGGAACACCAAGCUAAGUACUUCAACCCCGGAUCAGACAUGCCCUCGAACGCAUUCGUUCUCUUUCUCCUUUCUCUUCCCAAACUUCAACAUUGCCUCUCAUCUGCAGGGACCCCAGGAUGGGUUCAACUCAAUGCCACUCCCUUCCUUUUGACUGAUUGUUGGCUAUGUGGGCAAGACUCAGUAGGGACCGCUGUGCCCGCCCCUAUCGAGGUCUGGCUACGGGCUAAUUACUCCGUCACCCCUUUUGUCUCCUAUAUUCAUUCAUUCCCCAAUCAAAAUAUAGAGCAACUAUUUCAUAAAGCCUGGAAGAAGGACAUAGAAACCAAAAUAGCCAAAGUUCCCUGGUCCAACACCACCCCAAACCUCACCUGGCUGGGUCAGCUCCAACUCAAUGCCUCGGGAACAUUCCCGAUUUGCUUCGAAAGCUCUACUUACACUCCAGACUCAGGGGUUUUUGUAGGAAAUCUUUCCACGUCCCAAUGCGACUUCACCUUCCAAGUCACGUCGACCUCUGCAGAGGAAUACUGGAAUAGUUCCCUUUUCCACUCCCUCAGCGCCUACAAAGAUCCUGAGAAACCUCACCUCUUCCUCCGGGCCCAGUACCCCCUCCAGGAAAAGACCUCUUUUCACAGCCCCGCUAACAACUCCUGUUCAGCAGGCUGGUCCCAGGUGUCCUGCAACUCCUCUACCCUAGGACUGGCCGAAGGCUUACUCCUCUCAUCCCAAGAAUUCUUUCUGAAAAUCUAUCCUUCCAGCUCCCUUGCUUCCACGGUGGUCGAGCGGCUCCGUUUAGAUGCUGCCCUAAUAUGGAAUAAAUUGUCAGGAACCGCCUCCACCUCCCCGCCAAAGCUUCUCUUCAAGUACGGGUUCCACCUAAAUCUCCGAGCAGGGGACGGUUUAUUCUUCUAUUGUGGGCAAAGGGCAUACGUUACCUUACCCCCGCAGUGGAGAGGGCGGUGCUCGUUAGCCUACUUAGCGCUGCUCACGGACUAGCCCCUGGGUCCCGCCACAUGCCGCACGUCCAAAACCAAUCCGAGACUCAGGUAUAGAGACCCGCAGGACUCACACAGCAAGCAGACUCUUGGAGGGCAUGGCCCUCCAAAAUCCCCGGGCCCUGGACCUCCUGACCUCCUGACCCCCAUGCAGGGGGCACCUGCACCCUCCUCCGGGAGGAACGCUGCUUUCAUAUUAACAACACGGGUCAGGUGGGGACUCAUUCAGAUUCGUCAGGUAACCUGGUGGCCCAAACAGAGGACCUGUCCUCCUGGUGGACCUCCCUUAGGGCCCAGCUGUUACGCUAGCUAUGGCCAUUGAUGGCCCCAGUAUUCAUCCUCUCCCUCCUGCUUCUUUUCUGACCUUGUAUUCUGAAUGCGCUUAUCCAGUUUGUGUCCUCUCGUUUAUAGAGUCCAUCAGCCAACAAAUGGUCCUGUCUAUGCAGCCACAGAUGGGGGCGGCCCCUACGUAUGAGAGGGGCCUCUGGGCAGACCUCUGACCCAGCCGGCGCCCCUCCCCAGCAGGAAGUAGCCAUAGAUCGGUCAUCCUCUGCCCCGAACGGCAGUUAAGAGUUACCUGUUCAAAGGGGGGAUAUGGCAGGGACCGACAGGAGAGGGACAGGCAGAGAGCAGUGCAGUAGGAACAGAGGCCCCGGGGGGAAGAUCAGUAUCGCGUCUGCUGGGUCUCCUGGAAAAACCACAGAGAAAACAACCCCAGGGAGCUAUGCUCGGGAAGAUAGCUUUGCUGGAAAAAUUCCCCGGCUGAUCAAAGACAUGAAGAAAUCCCGCAGGAGCCACGCUGAAAGAACACCGCUAAAACUGCCCAAAAGCCCAUCUCCUCUCAUUGCUGGGGGUGGGGGGGGAGUCUUCUUGGAGCGCCCCUCCAUGCGGAGAGCUGAUUCUGUCCUCUUAAUAAACCUUUGCUUUGCU